AUGAAGCUAGGAAGGUUAAUUGAACAAAAGCUUGAGGGUCCAAUUUCAGAAAAAUCACAUGUUACAGAUAGAAUGUUUUCCAUUUGCCAAAUGAUAGACGAAAUCCUUUCUGAUCCGAAUAUUGGUAAAUAUGAAAGUCUAAGUAUUACAAAAGAAACACCAACCAGUAGGUCCAGUGAAAGCUCAACUGGUAGAUAUCGUGAUCAGGUCAUGAAUGAAUCAUCUUCACCAGGUACAUCUCCAAACACUGGUCCAACUUCAAUUGACAUAUUAGUUCAGUCAGAUAUUACUGAAAAUGGGGUUAUCUUCGAAUGUAAAAGAACCAAACUGUUGAAAAGUUUAUUUCAAAAUUAUAUAAACAGCAGCCCUGAUGAUCAGCUCAAUUUACCAGAUAAUCAAAUGAUGGGUAAUAUGAUUAAGCAAGUGCUUGGGUACGCCAGUGCUUUCAAUAUAACGACAUGUGUGUUGACGAAUUUGUCCACCAUGAUCGUCAUUGAACUAAAUACCGAUGAAGCCUCACCAACUGUGUUGAAUGGACAAGAAGUGAUUGAUCUUAUAAAUACAAAAUAUCGCAUAAUUGACUUCAGUGAUCAAGGCUUUACGUUCAGUUGGGCACUCAUUUAUUUAUUCAAACAGAUCCAUGAAGAAUAUACAAAAGGGAAAAAACUAAAGGAAAUGAAAGAUUUUAUGCUAAAGUUCCGCUCAAAUGUUGAUCAGGAACAACUUAAAAGGGAAUUAAACAACAAGGAAGGUCAAAGUAACAGAUCAUUGGGUCAUUCAAACACUAAUAGAUCAUCAAACUUUACAAGAUCAACAGGGGAAAUUGAUGAGAUUUCAUGUGAUGUUUCCACUCUUUUUCCAAAUGGUAUAUCCCAGUAUGUUAUUCAAGGUGGUGAAGGCUAUACAGCUACACAAGUAUUUGAAGUAUAUUUGCAAGAUUUGAUCAAAAUCGGAUUGAAUCUUGAACCAAUGGCUGAUAAUUUACCUAAUAAAAAAUUUAUACUCAAGGUUUACAAUAUUAACUUGUAUGAAUUUUAUCAAGAAGAUGCAGAUGUGAAAUUUAAUUACUUUAAUCAAGAAGUAAAAGCUCUGACAAUCAUCAAGAAACAUAAUCAAUAUUGUCAAAGAACUAAAAAUUAUGAAUUAAUUAUAAAUACAGCAGAUCUUCACACCCACUUUAUGAUAAAAUUGAGCUCAAAAGGUGAAGUUGCUCUUUAUGGUUAUGCAUUGUUGUUAGAGUACGUUGAAGAAAUAAAAAGCACUUCUGGCUUAAAUACAGAACUCAUUAAAGCUGAUUAUAAUAGACAACUAAACAUAUUAGAAGAUAUAUUACAUAUUAGCCACAAUGAUUUACAAAACACCAACAAUUUAAUAAUAUCCAAAGAUGGAAAAAUUUUUAUUAUAGAUUGGGGUCUUUCCAGCUGUAUCGUACAAAACAAUAUGAUAAGUUCUGCUGGCUCUGAUACAUUAACAACGGUCUCAUAUUCUAAUUCAGAAGACGUUUUCACACCAAAUAUCGGGAAGGCCAAUGAUGAUCACUCAAGUGCAGGUAUAAAUUCAGCUAAUAUUGUAGAUGAACAUAAAUAUAAUAUUGAUCCUGAUUAA